CUAGCUCGACUCUCUGUGCACGAUGUUAACAUGUGUAAAGAAGGUAUUGUUUAUGUUAUACUAAAGCGACAAGACUGAUAUUUAUAAUUAUCAAUGUUCCGUUUUAUGCAACUAAUUAAGAAACUUUCUAACCCAUAUUUUGUUGUCUUUUACAACAAAUAUGAAUUUAACCAAUUGCGUUUUAUGACAAAAAUAGCUAACAUCAGUGACGUUAAUAAAAUACGUAACAUAGGUAUUAUUGCCCAUAUUGAUGCUGGAAAAACAACUACUACAGAAAGAAUGUUGUAUUAUUCCGGUUUUACACAAUAUAUGGGUGAAGUCCACGAAGGUGAUACGGUAAUGGAUUAUAUGGUUCAAGAACGAGAGAGGGGUAUUACAAUUACUUCCGCAUCAAUUACAUUUAAAUGGAAUAAGCAUAGAAUAAAUUUAAUUGAUACACCUGGUCAUGUGGACUUUACAUUUGAAGUCGAGCGUUCUCUUAGUGUAUUAGAUGGGGCAAUUGUUAUUUUAGAUUCAUCAGCAGGAGUUGAAGUUCAAACUGUGAAAGUUUGGGAUCAAGCCCAAAGAUACGAAGUACCAUGUAUUGUUUAUUUGAACAAGAUGGAUAAACCGACUUCUGAUAUUGAUUUGUGCUUGAUGUCAUUAGAGAAAAAACUUAAAGUGAAACCACUGCUACUGCAUUUACCGGUGGGAUUGGGAAAGAAAUUUAAAGGUGUAGUUGACCUUAUUUCAGAACAAAAAUUCUUGUGGAACAAUAUGAAUACUAAAAGUGAUGGUCGUACUUUUGUUAUUGAAAAAUUGAAUCUUGAAAGUGAGCAAGAUUUAUACUCAUCAAUGUUUCAGAAAAGGGAAAUGCUAAUCGAAAACAUUGCUGAUUUGGAUGAGGUAACUGGAGAAAAAUAUAUAACUGAAGGAGCUCAGGCUUUGUCUGUUCCAGAACUAUACGCUGCCAUACGCCGCAUUACUUUAAACAAAGCUGCUGUGCCUGUGUUAUGUGGUAGUUCAUAUAAAAAUAUAGCUGUUCAGUUGUUGAUGGAUGCUAUUGUUAAUUAUCUUCCUAAUCCUCUAGAAAGAAAGUGUAGUUUUUUGAAAAAUGAUGAUGAUUUUUCUGGAAUUGUAUUCAAAAUCAUUCAUAAUAAAAAUAAAGAACCUUUAACAUUUUUAAGAAUAUAUUCAAAUUCACUCAAAGCUGGUCAACGUAUUUAUAACAAAACUCGUCAAAGUGCAGAAAAGAUUGGUAAAUUAAUGGUGGCUUUAGCCAAUGACUUUCAAGAAGUGCCUUCAUUAUCUGCCGGUAAUAUAGCUGUAGUAACAGGUUUGAAAGAGACAAUUACUGGUGAUUUAUUAUUCUCUUCACCUUCUGCUGCAGCUGCAACUGGAUCAGGAAUGCCCUGCAUUCAAAUUCCAGAUCCUGUAUUUUUUUGUACUAUUGAGCCACCAUCAGUUGGAAUGCAGAAACAGUUAGAUUUUGCAUUGCAUUGUUUACAGCGAGAAGAUCCUACAUUUCGUGUUGAAGUAGAUGAAACCAUUGGGCAGACAAUAUUAAUGGGAAUGGGUGAACUGCACAUUGACAUUAUAAAAGAAAGAAUUCGAACAGAAUAUGAUAUUGAUGCCUACUUGGGGCCAUUGCAAGUUGCUUAUAGAGAAUCCAUUGAAAAAGGUGUAGAGCAUAUGCAUGUUUUGGACAAAACGGUCAGCGGAAAUAAGCAAUUUGCAAAAAUCGUUUUAAGGAUAUAUCCUUCUCAAAAAGAAUCGCUAAAAGAAAUUAAAGUGAUAGUAACAAAAGAUAAUAAUUUAGGUAAAAUUAGAUCAGAUUUCUUAAAAGCAGUGAAUGCUGGUAUGAGAAAUGCUCUCAGCAAUGGGCCUAUUUUAAAUUUUCCUGUCCUUUAUGUUGGUGUAGAUCUUUUAUGGUUAGAAGUAAGCAAAGGUACUUCUAUGACAAUGUUAUCUGGAGCAACUUCUCAGUGUAUUUCUGCUGCAUUAAGGAAAUCAAACGGGAUACUUUUAGAACCUGUCAUGAAUUUAUCGAUAGUAAUAAGUAAAGGUUUUGCUGGUAGAGUUUUAAAUGACUUGUCUCAGAAACGAAGUCAAAUACUAAAUAUGGAACUACGUCACGAUGUGGAAAUUAUUCAGUCUCGAACUCCUUUAUCAGAACUUCGAGGCUAUUCUACACACCUCAGAGCUCUGACCUCAGGCAUGUGUUCAUUCACAAUGGAAUUUGAUAGCUAUCAGAAGAUGGAUGUAAAUGAACAAGCAAGGGCUAUUGGAAAUAUUACUGGUUUUUAAGCUAAUAUAAAUCUGCUAUUAAAUAUUUCCAUGAUUUUAUACAGCAACAUAUUUUAGCAAAUCUUCCUUGGUAUAAUUUAUGCAUGCUUUAUACAAAUUUGCUUUUUUUAAAUUUUUAAUAGGUGAGGAUAUUAAUAUGUAUAUAUAAGCCAAUGACUUUCUUAAAAUUAAUAUAUUUCAAUUUUCAUUUGUAAUUCAAUUCACUGAAAUCUUGGACAAGAUUGACUGUAUUUUCAGCACCCUGCAUAAAUUUAACAUAUUAGUAAUAUGUUAAAAUAAGUGACAUAUACUUUAGUUGAUGCUUGUGAGAAAAAUUUAACUGGGUCCUCUGAAAAUUGUUGAAGUGGCUGCCAAUAUUGCCUAUGCCUAUAGCCAGAAUUGAUGUUAAAUAGCUACCAGUCUUUGAAUUAUCAUAAUGACUGAUAAUGGCAUUUUCUAUCACAAAGUUAUAAGCUGUGGCUAAUAAAGGUCCACUUUUUGCAUCAUUGGUAAUAUAAUAUAAAAAAAAAAAUCAGUUAUAGAAUUGAAAACAGAUUACAUUGCAUCUCCGUAGUUUGUGUAAUAUUGUGUACGAUUGUAUAAUAUUUAAAGUAAUCUCUAGCUAUAACAUAAUAAAUAUUAGAUACCUUUAAGACU